UACUUACUGAAAAUAACUACCUAUUGAUUAAUGGGUUUCUAUACUUUCGAUAAAUCAAUUGUUUCAAAUAACAAAUUUUAUUUUUAUAUAUAGCUUUAGCUAAGUUAGCAAAUCGAAACAAAUAAAUAUUACCUUUUGUAUAAGCUAAAACAAAACAUUUGCGAUAGUGGCGUUAAGACUUAUAAUGAAACAAAAUUGAUAUUAAAUCUCAAAUACUAAUAUUUAUGAUUAACUAAGUGCUGAAUUGCACUUGGAAAAUUGACAUACAUAGCCGACAAGUUAAGAAAGUUUAAAAAUGAAACAUAAAAUUUUACAAAAUAUGACUGAAAAGUAACUGUUAUCCAAUGUUUAUAUAUGUGAUGUGAGCAUAUUUGUUCUUUGUUUAAUAUACGAGGCUUAAGUAAUCCAAAAUGUCAAUACCGCCCGUGGAUUUUAGUGUGCCGCCGCCAACGUUUAACAUACCUCCGCCAGUAGGGCCUCCUCUUACUCCUUCCUUGGCUUCAUCUCAACCAAUAUAUAACCACCCACCUCCAUUUUUACCUCCAGGCCAUCCCACUGACAUACCUCCUCCAACUUAUCUGAAUAUAUCAUCUGUUCCCCCAGUUAAUGUGAAUCCUAAUGUGUCAAUGUAUCCUCCACCAUCUAUUGAUACUUCAGCACUAUACUCAUCUAUGCCUCUGGGUUCUACUUACCCUCAUUAUUAUAAUAUGCAGUUACCAAGUUAUAAAAAUUAUGGUACCUCUGUUUCUUCUGUUACUACACAUAAUCCUCAAAAAACAACAACUGGAUUAUCUGAAAACAAUUACUAUAGUAAAGACUCAAGAAGCCUUGAAACUGAGCGUCGCAGCAGAAGCUAUUGUAGCUCUUCAAGAGAAUAUUCAUCAUCAUCGAGAUCUAGAUAUUCUCCAUACCGGGAUAGGAGUUAUGAUAGAAGUAGUAAAUAUGAUAGAGGAAGAUCAAAGUAUCGACAAUCAAGUCGUAGUCCAAGUCGUCAUAGCAAAAGUCCUUUAAAAUAUAAGCAGAGAGAGAAAGAAGAUUAUUAUAUCAGAGAAAAAUGUGUUGAGAGAAGACGUGAAUUUGAGAGCCAGAGUAAAAGUUCUUCUAAUUACAGAGAUCACAGAAGUCAUAGUCGCAGUUUUGACAGUCAUGAUGAAAGAAGACACUAUAAAAGCGCAGACAGAUAUAGACCUCCCUCUCAUUUUAGGGAAUCACAUUCACAUAGCAGUGUGAGAGAGUUAUCAUCAAGAAAUUCUCGUGAUACCUCGGUGCCAAAACCUUUAACUGAUCGUGAAAAAAUUUUGAUUGAUUAUCAGAAGAACUAUUGUCGGACUUCAGAAGACUUUGUAAGAAAAAUGGAAGAAUGGUCAAAGGAGCAUAACUCUGAUGAUGAAGAAAAUUCGAAAAUGUGGUACAGAAGCUCACCUGCUGAGCUUUACUAUAAACCUUCAGAUGACGGUAUCGGUGUUCAGCAGACUAAUAGGUUAAAGAAAAUUUGUGAAAAGUUUUUCAAGAACCUUAUUGAAAGAGGAAGAAAUGCAAGACCCGCAGAAGACGAGCUGCCUCCUUUAAAGCCACCAAGAGUGAAAAUGUGCAAGCAUAGAACGGAAGAUAAAAGUUCCUCGUCGUCAGAAAGUGAUGAGAGUGUGGAUGAAGAGGGCUUGCAAGGUUACACAGACAGAAUCAUGCUGGAGUUACAAAGAAAGCAAAGCCACCCAAGAAGACUUCACCCUGAAUUAUGGUUCAACAACUCGGGCGAGAUGAACGGCGGCCCGCUGUGUCGCUGCAGCGCGCGUGCGCGCCGGCUCGGCAUCCGCCACGGCGUGUACGCGGGCGAGCGCUCCUUCCCCAAGUGCGUGCCCACCGAGAGCAACGUCGGCAAGCUCUACCACUACUGCAUAACGGUAUCACCUCCGACAAAUUUUCUUAUAAAAGCGCCGACAAUUAUAGGACACGACGAGCACGAAUUCUUAUUCUCGGGAUUUUCAAUGUUUUCACAUUACAAGCUGGCAAAACUUCCGAAAUGUAAAGUCAUAAGGUUCAAUAUUGAAUAUACGAUAUUGUACGUCGAGGAACCAGCGCCCCAAAACUUCACCGUGGAAGAAUUAAAUUUAUUUGAGGAGUACUUAUUCACGGAGUUAUUAGAACUCGUAGAUUUAGAUUUGGGCAAAGGUUCUGAAGAUUCCUGCUCGCAGUUCCACUUUAUGCCCCGAUUCAUUCGAUAUCUUCCUGAAGGCGGAUGUGAGGUCCUGUCAAUGUGCGAGGUACUGAAAUUUCUACUAAACGAAAGCGGCUUACUCGUCCCCCCGGAUAUGUUGUCGGAGUACCAUGACAUGGACCAUUAUAGUUGGCAAAAGUUUGUCGACAGGAUUAAAGGUAUGAUAGUUACGUAUCCCGGUAAAAAACCGUGUUCAGUCCGCGUUGAUCAGCUGGACCGAAGCCCGACUAUAAAAAUCGGAGAAGUAAAGGAUCCCUCGGAAUUGAAAAACUAUUAUCCAGAAAUAGUACAUUUCGGUAUAAGGCCACCCCAAUUGAGUUAUGCUGGCAACCCUGAAUACCAAAAGGCAUGGCGUUAUUACGUAAAAUAUCGUCAUCUCAUAGCCAACAUGGCAAAACCGUCGUCCGUAGAACGCCAAAAAUUAGCUGCCAAAGAAGCGAGAUUGCAAGAAAUGAGAACACAGAGUAAAAUGAAAAGAGAUGUCACAGUUGCCAUAUCUUCUGAAGGUUUCUAUACCACAGGACUUAUGUGUGAUGUGGUCCAGCAUGCCAUGUUAAUACCGGUUCUAGUGAGACACCUACGAUUCCACAAAUCUCUAGAAAGCUUAGAGGAAAAGAUAAGCUAUAAGUUCAAACAGAAGGCGCUCUUGCAAACGGCCUUGACCCACCCUUCGUAUAGGGAGAAUUUUGGAACUAACCCCGACCACGCUAGAAAUAGUUUGACUAAUUGUGGUAUACGACAGCCGGAGUAUGGGGACAGAAGGAUACAUUACACAAGGAAGAAAGGCAUCGUGACCCUCAUAAACAUAAUGUCUCGCUUCGGUAUGACCAACGAGACAGAAUCCGAUAUAAAACACAAUGAACGUCUCGAGUUUCUCGGAGACGCAGUGGUCGAAUUCAUAUCCUCCAUACAUUUGUUCCGAAUGUUCCCGGGACUCACGGAGGGCGGCUUAGCGACGUAUAGAGCUUCUAUUGUGCAGAACCAACACUUGGCUCAGUUAGCGAAGAACAUAGGGCUGGAGCAGUACAUGCUGUACGCGCACGGGUCGGACCUGUGUCGCGAGGUGGUGAUGCGCCACGCGAUGGCGAACUGCUUCGAGGCGCUCAUGGGAGCGCUGUUCCUCGACGCGGGGCUGGAGGUCACGGACAAAGUUUUUGGGUUAGCGCUCUGGUACUUCGAGCCUGAUCUACUGGAAGCUUGGUCGAAGGAGCGACCGCAUCCGUUGCAAGAUCAAGAGCCGUUGGGCGACAGGAAAUAUAUUAAAAACUUUGAGUUCCUACAGAAGUUGACCGAAUUUGAAGAAAGUAUAGGAGUUCAGUUCAAACACAUACGUCUGUUAGCACGUGCGUUUACUGACCGUUCAGUUGGAUUUACACAUCUGACCCUAGGAUCGAACCAGCGCUUGGAAUUCCUCGGCGACACAGUGUUGCAACUAGUCGUAUCCGAUCGACUGUACAGACACUUUCCGGACCAUCACGAGGGGCAUUUAUCUCUCCUCCGUUCAUCUCUAGUCAAUAACCGAACUCAAGCAAUGGUGUGUGAUGACCUCAAUAUGUCGGAAUACGCGAUAUAUAAUAAUCCUAAAGCCAAACCCACAACAAAGAAACACAAGGCAGAUUUGCUGGAAGCAUUCCUGGGUGCUUUGUAUAUAGAUAAGAAUUUAGAAUACUGCCAGGUGUUUUGCAACGCGUGCUUGUUCCCACGUCUGCAAGAGUUCAUCUUGAACCAGAACUGGAACGAUCCGAAGUCCAAACUGCAGCAGUGCUGCCUCACUCUGCGUUCCAUGGAAGGGGGAGAGCCUGACAUACCGCUUUACAAAGUGAUCGAGUGCCUGGGCCCCACCAACACGCGCGUGUACACGGUGGGCGUGUACUUCCGCGGCGAGCGGCUGGCGGCGGCGCGCGGACACUCCAUCCAGGAGGCCGAGAUGAACGCGGCCGAGCAGGCGCUCAGCUGCGCGCACGAAUUAUUUCCGCAAUUAGAUCAUCAAAAAAGAUUGAUUGCGAAGACGAUGCGGAAAAAGAAAAAUCGUCAUAAGGGCAACAAUAAAAACUCGAAACCAGAAAAGGAUUCGUUGUUCCAAAGAAAGAUUAACGACGAAAAUGCGCCCAAAGCCUACAGACUCGGAGCCCAAGAAGAGGAAAGUUCAGAUGAAAGCGUUCGGGAACCGUCGGACACGGAGCAGCAAGACCCAGAAGAUCGAGAAUCCAACGACGAUUCUGGUUUAGACAGUGAUUCAGCAACCGUCAACGAUAAGUUUGAAAACAUACAAGUUAGCAGCCUUCUGACUGACAUGGAGAAGUUACGGGAGGAUCUAAUAAAAAGGAACGAAUACGACAAAUUGUUGGAGAAAUGCCGCAGGCUUGACUCUGAUGAUGACUAGUUCUUCGGGUCUAAUGGGAAAAACUUAUUUAAUGAGUUUUGUAAUUUCAAUUCCAUUUCUAUGUCUAAAAGACAUUACAUAAGCGUAUCGGUGUAAAAGGUCAUUGGUAAUUUUUAAUAAAAUAGAUUAUAAGCAAAAAAAAGUUACAAUGUAAGCCUAAAUGUAUAAUCAAUAUUCAAUUAAUGUAUUUUUCUCUAGCAACUAUCCGUCACUAUAUAUCAAGUAUGAAAGUUGUACUGAGCUUGAUAUUUGAACAAAAAAUAAAACCAGACUAAUUUACAUUUUGACGUGUGACGACAAAAAAGAAGCAAAUAAAUGAUUAUGAAAUUAUAAUA